UAUUUCUCAUCUCUAAAAGUAAUAGCAAAAAAGUUAAGCUCUCGUUUACACAACAAUUUAAAUUGAUCAAUUAGGAGUUAAUUGCGAUAUUUUAAUUAGUUUAUUGAAAUUGUAAUUAACCCAAAACAGAGAUGGAAAACAGUAGCGGUAAGAGACGACGCAAUAGAUGGGAAGAAGGCGGUGAAAAGGCAUUACUGCAAAUAUGGGAGGAGAAGGUGGACAAACUUCGCGCCUUCAAGAAGAACCACCAUGUCUUAAUAGAGAUGGUUGCAGAGAUGGAAUUAAUGGACUACUAUUACAAUAUGAGGGAUAUAAAGACGAAAAUGCAAAAUAUGGUCGCCCGCUACCGAAAGGAAAGAAAACUAGUAAAAUCUGGAAUGCCUUCAGUUUGGGACUACUAUGAAGAGAUGCACGCUAUAAUGACUCGCUAUGAAAGUAACAACAGUGAAAUACUGGCAAAUUGCAGAUCAUUUAGUGCUGGUAAUGAAUAUUAACAUAAAUUAACCGAACACGUAUAUACAUCGCACUUGUUUUUAGUUAGUAUAGAUUUAGUGGUACAUGUGGCUGAGUGGUUAGAGGUGCGUACACCCUUUCCGUAGGUGCUGGGUUCAAUCCUUGGUCCGGCUAUAUGUUAAUUUUAAAAAAGUUUUUUCUAACAGCCGCCGCCCCUCGGCAGGCGCGUUGGCAGACCUACGAGUGUAUUUCUGUAAUGGUCACAGGUAGCAUCCGCGCAGAGAGCACAGCCCUUAAAAAAAUUGAGUAACGUUAAAGGCUACAAUUGAUUUUUUGUAGUCAUGCAAACGCCCUAUCACAGGCUACCGAGAUAGGUCGAUCUUAAUGUAAGAAGAGCGGUAAUUUUUGCAUACUUAAUCCAAUAUUUUAAUUUUUUUUUGGAUUAUGACUAUUGAAGUAAACCCAGCAAACAUUUGGAGUCGUAAAUGGACUCCUAUUUCGGAGCCUUUACGCUCAUAAUGAGCUCAUUUAGGUGUCCGAUAUGAGGGUGAUUGCCUUCCUCCGAAGGUCGCCUUAUGUAUGUAUGUAUAUGAGCUUAAAUUCAUACAUCAAAUGAGCCUCAAUAUGAGUCAUAUUGGAGUCUUAUUGGCCUCAUGUACGGCUCAUUUUGGACUCUUUAAAACAAUUUUUGGCCUCAUACCUAUAUGGAUCAUUUCAGACUCUUUUUGAAGCUCUUAUCGGCCUCAUAAAUUACUACAUUCGGACUCUGCUUUUAGGCUGUUCUUUAAGUCUUAUGGAAUGCAUUACAUUUGCAAAGGCAUUCAGCAAAAAUUUCUUUCAAAUAACAUACAUACAUACUUACA